AUGAUUGGAAGUGUGACAAGUGAGCAGUACACCACUGUGAAGAAAAUACAGCGUACAUUGUUGGGUACACAAUCUACAAUCCCACGCCGGGAACCACUAGAUUUGUCCUCUAUCGGUCUCAUAAAUUUUUUGGGGAGGAAAGAAGCAAAACUUCGAUCACUUGUGAGAGGUGUAGAUAUUAGCAUACAUGAAUCUCUCCAACCUCUUGGGUUCUUGGUAGAGUUCAUGAGUUUUAUUGUAGGUGGUCUAACAGUUGAGGCAGAUAAAAUAGGGGAGGCUGUAUGCGAUACGAGAAAGGUUGCAGCCACUUUAGCCCAUGAAAUCCAGCGAUGUGAAGUGGAACUAGAGUACAGACAUCAGUACAGCGGUACCAAUGUUACUCGGGCAUUGGCACAAUUUUAUCCCACACAGCGUGUCUAUUCUUCUAGUGCUGUAUCUAGUAGUGGUGGAGGGAAUCAUCUGCAGGAGCUCACUCAGGCUAUCUCAGAAGACCGCGUUCGUUUGCGGGAGACCAAAAGCAAACUUAAAGCGCUAGUCUUAGUGCAACGUUUUCUUUGGGGAUCUGGUAAUGUGCCACAAGAAGAUGUUGAACAUGUGCAGCAAGACUUUGGUGUUACACUCGCUAUUCGUCGAUUUAACCACAAACUGAGGGAUAUCAUGCUUCCACUCAGUGAAGAAGCGCAAAAUUCACUCGGUUGUUUGAAUUCUCUUCAAGAAUUUAUUGCUCAUGUCGACAUUGGUCUUUCAGCAGCAACAGAAGAUUUGGAUAUAUGUCUUGUAUCGUUAAAAAAAAAUAUUCUAAUGCAACAGGAAGACUCACGUGUUCGUCGUAUUGAGGCAUUGCGAGAUAAAUCUUCACUUGAGUCCUCUUCAUCGAUUCAUUUUGCUCGACCUUUAGAACGGAAGUUUGUACCUACAAUGGAAACUGAAGAACUCAGUAAAUUGUAUUGUUCGUAG